AUGUCCACUUCCAACUCUCAAGAAGAAGAGGAAGUCAAAAAUAAUUUGGAAGACUUUUCACCGACGAAUAUAAGCAAUUAUUCAUUCACGACAAAUUCAAAUUCCAAUACGACCACUUCUUCAAAGGAUGAUGAUUCACAUGAAAUGACGACCUCAGCAGGUCUGGUCAAUCAUUCAUCGCCUUUGAUGCCCACAACAACAUCAAUAACACCAACAACCACCAACGCAAUUUGUUCAACCAUCAAUAAGAAGAGAAGGCCGCAUUCAAAAAAAGGAAGACCAUGUUCUCGAUGUAUUCGAUUAGGCUUACCAUGUAUUGAACCCAUGAAACGAAAAACCACUCGAGAAGAACGUGCACAAUUAUUGGAGGAACAUCGAAGAAUGGCCACGAGUAUGAAAUUGUUGCCACGACCUUCCUCAUCUGGCAGUAGCAGCACUAGCACCAACAAUACCACUAGCACCAACAUCAACAACAACGCUCAUACCUCUCCAUCCUUAUCGCUUCCUUCUUCAACGAGCUCGUCGUUGUUGUCGUCUUCAAUACCUUCUUCUUCUGCUGCUGCUUCUGUUGUUGUGGUGAAUUGUUGUCAUCCUUCGAUGCAUGCGACUUCGUCAUCAUCUUGCCCUUCAACAACACCAUAUGCAUCAUCGACCUAUAUACCCAAUGGUCAUGAUAAGGAUGCAAAUUCCGUCGGAGUUUCGUCAUCAUUAGUACACAACAACUUGGGGGUUUUGGAUGCAUCAUCACCUUCUUCUGGUCUCACUUCCAGCAACAGAGGUCGGACCGAAAGAACGCAUUCCACAUCAUCCAUGACCAAUUUGAUGAAUGAUCUAUUGUCCUUUGCUUCUCCUGGAUCGUCAAACACUAUACCGUUAAGUGGUCCUCCUGGAAGUUGUGUGUCCAAUCCAAAUAUUCCACAUUCAUCAUCAAUGAUGAUGACGAAUCAUGGCAUUCAUCAGCGAGACUUUUCACAAAGAACAGCUAUUCCUGGCAAUAGUAGUAAGCAAGGGAAUCUUCCUCUUCUUAAUACGCCAUGCAACAAUUUUGCUCCUUAUUCCUUAUUUCCUUUCUUGUCCAAUGGCUGUUCCAACCAUGAUGAUCUCCAUCAAUCCAACAUGGCAUUGGUUUCUCUCUUGCAAACAACAACAUCCUCCUCCUCUCCUUCUUCCUCAAUGAUGAUGAUGAAUCGACAACUACAACAACCACAGCUUCCUCCAUGCAUAAACCCUUCUUUAGGAAAUUCCAAUGCAACCACAACAACACUCUCACAGCUCUUAUUUCAACUACUUUCUCAGCACCACCACCAACAACAACAUCCAUUUCAGACUGUAAAUGGUGUUCAAAUACCACAACAACUGUCAUCACCACCACAACAAGUUCAGAACCAAUCCUCUCUCCCUGUUGAACCAUUGAACACAUCACUACUCUCUCUGCUAUUAGAAAACUCAGAAAUGAACCCUUCUUCUUCAACAACCUUAGCGAAUGGUUCUUCUUCUCAAAUGCACUUGGUUCCUUUCAUUCAAGAAGAUUCAUCACCUUCCUCCUCUCCACCAACCCAAAACGAAACCAACCUCAAUAAAAACUCGACACAUCAAGAUGUGGAAUAA